AAUUGCGCUCCAUUAUGGGAAGAUUUUGCUUGCAAAGCAACUAAAUUACACACAGGUUUGCGAACUGUUUUACAAGCAAUAUCGGCAUAUUUAGAGGCGUUUCAAAAAAUUGCUGAUGCCGCUACUUGCGCCAGAGGGAGCACUAAAGAUAUAGGAUCAGCGCUUACCCGAAUAUGUUUAAGGCAUCGAGCUGUUGAAGCAAGGGUCAAAACAUUCACAAAUGCCAUCAUGGAUAGCCUAGUGAUACCACUUCAGGAGAAAUUGGAAGAUUGGAAGAAAGGAGUUAUUAAUCUUGAAAAAGAGCAUUUGAAAGAAUUUAAGCGUGGCCGAUCUGAUUUAAAAAAAUAUUCGACCGAUACUUUACGGAUACAGAGAAAAGCAAAGAAAGGAAAUAAUAACGAACUCCAAGGUCGAGUAGAAAGCUGCUUACAGGAUGUAACGGAGUGCAAGCUGUCAUUGGCAGAAGUUAAACGACGUGCUGUACGUGCAGCCAUGACAGAAGAGCGGGCUCGAUUCUGUCAGUUUUAUGAACUUUUAGAACCUGUUGUGCAACAAGAAAUGGCCGUAUUGGGUGAACUUUCACAUUUACAGGAUGCCACUGAUCAAUUGCGAAGACUUACUUUAAAUCCAAGAGAUCUUCCUCCAAGUAGUGAACAGGUUGUGGUCGACACCAAGUUUAGGUCAUCACCUAGUUCUCCGCAAUCUUUAGGCUCCCGUAAAGGAUCCGCGUGUUCCAUAAGCUCCCUCAAUUCAAAUUCAUCCAGUAGUGGUUUAUCGCCGGGACUCUCUCCUGGACAAAAUCUUUGGCAACGAAAUUCACCUCAGGCAACAAAUAUUAAUCAUGGAGAUAGCGGAUCUGCAGCAUUGGUUACGAAAUCAGAGAGCAGUUCUUCACGUAGUCAUGUAGAAACUGUGAGUGAGCGACCGCACACGAUUUCAGCAGCAUACGAACGAGGUCAUCAGCGCCCGCAUUUGACUAUCUACACAUUUCACGAUACAAAUCAAAGUUUAUCACAACCGACAAGUCCAUCUAAUACAAGUGUUGCACAUAAUGCACCAAAUAAACCCUUAUUACCAAUUUUAGAAAUUGCCAGAGAUUUAAAAUUAUGCAAAAAGUUCUUGAAAGAAAAUCCUGACAUUAUAGUUACCAGAGCUGAUAGGAAACCUUACUGUGAUUAUGAAUAA